UUGUCAUUUACAGAUCUUGCACAGUCUGCACUGAAUGUUUUCUUGACGCUGUUGAAUGAAAAGGAUUCCCCAGCGGUCACCGACUUGAUAGUAUUGGCACACUCUUGUGUUUUGACGGUUAAUGGAUGUGCUGCUGCUGCUUAUACGGCCUCUAUCCAGCACUUUGAUGAUGUCAAUGAACAGUGUCAUCUUGUGGUACGUACAGCAAGGGAAGCCUUCGCCUCUCAGGUUCUGAACAUUGAACAGUUGAAGACGGAAGCAAAGAAACUCCAGGAAAUGAUGACUGGAUUGCCUCUACAAACAGAUGUGGACAAGGAUAUCGUUGGAGCUGAGCUUGAAAGUGAAAUGAUGCGUAUGAGUGAAGCGAUUCGUGCAGCUGUGGAAGAAAUUGAAAAGAUUCAAGAGAGGGCACGUAUCAAUACGGAGGGAAUUAGGUAA